CAUUCGACCUCCGAUCAUGAAUGGGCCCAUGCACCCGCGCCCUUUGGUAGCGUUGCUGGAUGGCAGGGAUUGUACAGUAGAAAUGCCUAUUCUGAAGGAUGUAGCCACAGUGGCGUUUUGUGAUGCUCAGUCUACACAAGAAAUUCAUGAAAAGGUACUAAAUGAAGCAGUGGGUGCACUGAUGUAUCACACUAUCACUUUAACACGAGAAGACCUGGAGAAAUUUAAAGCACUUCGAAUAAUUGUCCGAAUUGGCAGCGGUUUUGAUAAUAUUGACAUCAAAUCUGCUGGAGAUUUAGGGAUUGCAGUGUGUAAUGUGCCAGCUGCCUCAGUAGAAGAAACAGCAGAUUCUACCAUGUGCCACAUUCUGAACCUGUACAGGCGAACCACCUGGCUUCACCAGGCUUUGCGAGAAGGCACGAGAGUACAAAGCGUUGAACAGAUUCGGGAAGUGGCUUCUGGAGCUGCCAGGAUCAGAGGGGAGACCUUGGGCAUUAUUGGAUUAGGGCGUGUUGGGCAAGCAGUAGCGCUACGUGCCAAAGCCUUUGGCUUCAGUGUGAUUUUCUAUGACCCAUACCUCUCAGAUGGCAUGGAGCGUGCUCUGGGACUGCAGCGGGUGAGCACUUUGCAGGACCUGCUGUUCCACAGUGACUGUGUUACCCUGCACUGCAACUUGAAUGAACACAAUCAUCAUCUUAUUAAUGACUUCACCAUAAAGCAGAUGAGACAAGGGGCUUUCCUGGUCAACACAGCUCGAGGUGGGUUAGUAGACGAAAAAGCACUUGCACAGGCCCUGAAGGAAGGAAGGAUACGAGGGGCAGCCUUAGAUGUACAUGAGUCAGAACCAUUCAG